AUUCUCAGAGAGAAACUAAACAGAUUCUGUAUUUCUAUGACAAUUAGCUUCUACGUGUUUGGAUAAUCUGAUGGCUUCUGUUCUGCUUCCAUUGCCACAAUUAUCCGUAUUGUUUGAUUAUCGCCGGAGCCGUAAAGAGUCAAGCUUUCCUCGCGCCGACUACAAUUCCAACGCCAUUUCUUCUAAUUCGACCAACGCCAAUCAUUUCCUUCGUCGGAUUUCUAACUUCUGUGAAACCGGAGACCUCGACAAGUCCUUUCGAGUUGUCCAGGAAUUCGCUGGUGAUGACGAGAGCUCGUCCGAUGUGUUUCUUCUUGUCCGAGAAGCUCUCGGGCUUCUCUUACAAGCUUCUGGGAAGAGAAAAGACAUUGAAAUGGGGAGAAAGAUCCACCAUUUGGUUUCUGGGUCGACCCGGUUAAGGAGUGAUGACGUUCUCUGCACCCGUAUUAUCACCAUGUACGCUAUGUGUGGCUCUCCUGAUGAUUCUCGUUCUGCUUUUGAUGCCUUGCGGAGUAAGAAUCUCUUCCAGUGGAAUGCUGUGAUCAGCUCUUACUCAAGAAACGAGCUUUACCAUGAAGUGUUAGAGAUGUUUAUCAAGAUGAUCUCAAAGACUCAUCUUUUACCGGAUAAUUUCACUUUUCCAUGUGUGAUUAAGGCUUGUGCUGGGAUUUCUGAUGUUGGGAUUGGGCUUGCGGUUCAUGGGUUGGUGGUGAAGACCGGAUUGGUGGAAGAUCUUUUUGUGGGUAACGCAUUGGUGUCUUUCUAUGGAACACAUGGUUUUGUUUCUGAUGCCUUGAAACUGUUCGAUAUAAUGCCUGAGAGAAACUUGGUUUCCUGGAACUCAAUGAUUCGAGUGUUUUCUGAUAAUGGUUUCUCAGAAGAAAGUUUUGGAGAAAUGAUGGAGGAAGGUGAUGAUGGUGCGUUUAUGCCGGAUGUUGCUACAGUUGUUACUGUGUUGCCGGUUUGUGCAAGAGAAAGAGAAAUAGGGGUGGGGAAAGGUGUUCAUGGGUGGGCGGUGAAACUGAGUUUGGACAAGGAACUAGUCGUUAACAAUGCCUUAAUGGACAUGUACUCUAAAUGGGGCUGUAUAAUUGAUUCACAAAUGAUCUUUAAGUUGAACAAUAACAAGAAUGUGGUUUCUUGGAAUACAAUGGUAGGUGGCUUUUCAGCAGAGGGGGACAUACAUGGGACGUUUGAUCUUCUGAGACAGAUGCUGGCAGGAAGCGAAGACGUCAAAGCGGACGAGGUAACCAUUCUAAAUGCAGUGCCAGUUUGUUUUGAUGAAUCAGUCUUACCGAGCUUGAAGGAACUUCAUUGUUACUCCUUAAAACAAGAAUUUGUAUACGAUGAGUUAUUAGCCAAUGCCUUUGUUGCUUCUUAUGCAAAGUGUGGCUCACUGAGUUAUGCCCAGCGUGUGUUUCAUGGAAUAAGGAGUAAAACAUUGAACUCUUGGAAUGCUUUGAUUGGCGGCUAUGCUCAGAGCAGUGAUCCGAGAUUGUCCUUGGAUGCCCAUUUGCAGAUGAAAAAUUCUGGAUUGCUACCUGAUAAUUUUACUGUCUGCAGUCUUCUCUCAGCUUGUUCUAAACUAAAAUCCCUGCGGUUGGGAAAGGAAGUGCAUGGGUUUAUAAUCCGAAAUUGGUUAGAAAGAGAUUUGUUUGUUUAUUUAUCAGUACUCUCAUUAUACAUUCAUUGUGGGGAGCUAUGCACUGUACAGGUAUUAUUUGAUGCAAUGGAAGAUAAUAGCUUAGUAUCUUGGAAUACUGUAAUCACUGGACACCUUCAGAAUGGAUUUCCUGAGAGAGCUUUGGGUUUGUUUAGACAAAUGGUUUUGUAUGGAAUCCAGCCUUGUGGGAUUUCUAUGAUGACUGUGUUUGGUGCGUGUUCGCUGCUACCUUCUCUUCGACUGGGGAGAGAAGCGCAUGCUUACGCUUUGAAGCACCUCCUGGAGGACAAUGCGUUUAUUGCAUGUUCUAUAAUUGAUAUGUAUGCCAAGAAUGGUGCUAUAACGCAAUCAUCUAAGGUUUUUAACGGCUUGAAGGAGAAAAGUGCAGCGUCAUGGAAUGCCAUGAUAAUGGGAUAUGGAAUGCAUGGGCGAGCAAAAGAGGCUAUCAAACUCUUUGAAGAGAUGCAAAGAACAGGUCGUAACCCUGAUGACUUAACUUUCUUAGGUGUUCUAACGGCUUGCAACCACAGUGGUCUGCUCCAUGAAGGGCUGAGAUAUCUGGAUCAGAUGAAGUCUUCCUUUGGGCUAAAGCCAAAUUUAAAGCAUUACGCUUGUGUCAUUGACAUGCUAGGCCGAGCUGGGCAACUAGACAAUGCUCUAAGGGUUGCUGCAGAGAUGUCUGAGGAACCUGACGUUGGAAUUUGGAAUUCUCUGCUCAGCUGGUGCAGAAUCCAUCAAAAUCUGGAAAUGGGAGAGAAAGUUGCUGCUAAGUUAUUUGUAUUAGAACCAGAAAAGCCUGAGAAUUAUGUUCUGCUUUCCAACUUAUAUGCAGGAUUGGGGAAAUGGGAUGAUGUGAGACAAGUGAGGCAGAGAAUGAAGGAGAUGAGUUUACGAAAGGAUGCUGGAUGCUCUUGGAUCGAACUAAACGGAAAGGUUUUUAGCUUUGUUGUCGGUGAAAGAUUCUUAGAUGGUUUUGAGGAAAUCAAAAGUCUUUGGAGUAUAUUGGAGAUGAAGAUAUGGAAGAUGGGAUACAGACCAGACACAAGUUCAGUACAACAUGAUCUAAGUGAAGAGGAGAAGAUCGAACAGUUAAGGGGACACAGCGAGAAGCUUGCCAUUACCUAUGGAUUGAUCAAAACUUCAGAAGGAACAACUCUUAGAGUUUACAAGAACUUAAGGAUCUGUGUGGACUGUCACAAUGCAGCGAAGUUGAUCUCCAAAGUCAUGGAAAGGGAAAUAGUUGUGAGAGACAACAAAAGAUUUCAUCAUUUCAAUAAGGGGUUUUGUUCUUGUGGAGAUUACUGGUAAGUAAGACACUAUAAUCAAAUUGGUGAAAAUAGAUGCAUUACUAUAUGUGUAUUUAUGUUCAGACGACACAACCGUCAAUGUUAAUAUGUUAUAGUAAGCUUUUUGUUUUGUGUUUGUUAUAACAACAUUAUAUAGAUUAUAAACCAAACUGAUAUAUAUAGUUA